CUAUAAUGUAACAAUUGAGUUUCGGCUGUCGCUCUAUCGGCAUUAAGUCAAUAAUUCCUUUGUAUUAUUGUUUUUAUUUUUAACACCCGGAAGUAAAUUGGACAUUAAAUAUCUGAGGUCAAGUACUUGAAAACCUUUGAGAUUACUUACAAGUUACUGAGUACUAAAUACUACCGGAUUUUUUAUUUUAAAAAUCAGAAUGUCUGAUCUAAAGAGUUCAAGUGAUCUCGAUGAGUUUGUUCUUCACGUGAGCAACAUUCCUGAAGAAUUAGACGCAGAUGGAUUGGAAAGAGUGUUCCGUCAGUACGGAAUAGUAACAUCCUUGGUAGCACCGGACAACAAGUUUGCAUUCGUCUCCUACAAGACCUACGCGGAGGCAGAGUCAGCGAUCGCGAAUUUAAACCAGCAGAAGCCGAUGUUCAUGCGAGUGAAGUUCAGCAGCAGGUCAGCGAACUCAAAGAUGAUCCCGGAGGGACUUCUGACUCCAGUGACUCCAGGAUCAAAGCUACCUGGAUCACCAGCGACUCCAAUUGGAGAGCGAGACUACCGCUUUAAUGAGUCAGGGCUUCCUUACCACGGAAGAACUCCUCUGACCUUGCCUCCAGCUCCUAUGUCAGCGACCCGCUACGAGAUGAACGCUCGCCACUACCCGAUCAACCCCGAGCUGUACAAGUACUUCGACGAGCUAGAGUACCCGGAGUCCAGCUCGCUCUGGACCAGAGGACAGCUCACUCUGGACACUUUAGGGCAGAGGAAAGUCUCUGGGGGACGAGGCUACGUCUACUACGCGAUCCCUGACCCGAAUCUUGCCACUGUUUCGCGGGCUAACAAGGUUCUGGAGAUGAGAAGUCCGGGGCGGUUUGCUGUAGGUGCGGAUCAGCUUGGUCAUCUCGUUGACAAGUGCAUCGCUUGUCAUAGGGAUGCUGUUCACUGCUGCGCUAAUUGCGCUUCUAGUUACUGCAGUCGCGAAUGCCAGUUUCGGGACUGGCCCAGGCAUAAGAAUGAGUGCUCCAAUGUUCCGCCGUUGGUGGAGAAGUUCAAGGUCGCUAAUGGAGUUCACGAUAAUGAUUCAACUGUUGCAUCUCCAAAAUUAAAGAGCCCGAUUUCAAAACCUAUAAUAAAUCCUGACCUAGCUAACGUCACCGCUGAUCCUCCGAAAAAAUCCCCAGUAAUUUCCACCCCCGAAAUUCCAGCAGCUAAAUCUAGCCCAAUCCCAGAAAAGCUCCCUUCUCAUCAAAAGGCUCCCGAGGAUCCUCGAGACGCCCUUAAGCGUUCAAAGUCUCACCCAGAGGAGCACCGCCGCCAGGACUUUUCCCGUCAGUCAUCCGCCCCGGAGAAGAAACUGGACCUAAACGCUCGCCUUGAAAAGAGCCGCCUUCCAAACCUGAACCUCGACCAGGACUUUGCCUUCCAAAAACCUUUCCUAUCCUCCGGAGGCUUCACCGAGGUCCAGAUCGUAGACGUCCACGCUCCAAGCAUCUUCAGCGUGCAAAAGACCUCAGACCUGCCAAAGUUAACCGAGCUGAUGAAGGAUUUAAACGAGAACAUCACCAAGUGCCCGAAAGUCUCUGAAAUAAUCUCAGAAAAAUUCUACGGCGCCCUCUUCGACGGAAUCUGGCACCGAGUCAAGCUGAUCCUCGGAUCCAAGCCUAAAUUAGAUUACGUGGACUACGGGACCAUCGUGGACGCGACCCUGGACCUUGAAUUGCGCGACAUCGGCGCCCUCUCCGAGGUUCCUCGGUUUGCUUGCUUAAUCCGAGUUCCCACAGUGCUCCCCAGCAGCCCUGAGUACUCCACCCUCGGCCCGGAGCGGAAGAUGCUCGUGAAGAUGGUCACCCAUGACCCGGAGGGCAUCAUCAACGUCCAGGUCUUCGAAAAGGAGCCCAAGGAGCCCAAAAGUCUCCCUCAGCCUCGCAAAACUCCAAGCGUGGAGUCAGUUUCUAAAAUGCGCCCUCCUAAAAUCGCUUCCAAGGAACCUACCGGACCUUCUCCAGCGCCAGAGCUUCCUAGUGUGAUAACCCGCCUCCCCAACGGCGCCCUGGCCACCGUAGAAGUUACCCACGUGAUCGACGGAACCUCCGCGAUCUGCGUCGUCCUUACCGAAGACCUCCUGGAGUCCUACGACAAGCUCCUGAUGCCCCUUAAGGAAGACUGCGAUAAAACUGCUCCAGAGUUUAAUACCUUCACCCCUAAGGUCAACGAGGUCGUCUGUGGGCUUAAGGAAGACGGCUUCUGGGUCAGAGGACGUGUCUUAGCAGUCACUCCCAAGCUCAAGGUCGCUUCUUUAGACGAAGGGAUCAUCUGCGAAGUUGUAAAAACCAUCCCGAUGGUUUCUAAAUACGCUGACAUACCUAUUUUCGCUUGUUUGAUACUAACUUCUGAUGAUUUUCCCCUUCAAAUUCACUCUACUGCUUAUAUUCUGGUUAUUAAUCAAGCUAAUGGGUCUCUAGAAGGUGAAUUCGUUGAAACGAAGUUAAAAUUCGAACUUAAACCUUGGAUUUUAUCGAUUGAAAGUUUUAAGGCCCAAAAUGGCGGAGGGGAACAUCAAAAUGGCCGCUUAGGAGAAAGUGGCGCCAAAAUUGAAAUUGGCGGGAAAUUUGAAAUUGGCGCCAAAAAUGAAAUUGGCGGGAAAAUUCAAAAUGAAUUUAAAGAAAUUCAACAAAUAAUUAAAAAUAAUUCUUCUGUUGCGAUUCAAGCUUUUAGAGACGCGUCUAUUGUAUUUGUUAGAUCUUUAGAGACUAAAGAGGUUGAAAGAUAUUUAAAUGUUGUCCAGGAAGCAGCAAGACUGGCUCAAACAGCGGCAAAAGUUUCUAAAGUAUCUAUUGGAGACAAAGUUUUGGCGCAAUUUAAACUUGAUGAUAAUUACUACCGUGCAAUUGUUGUCGAUGUGAACGGUCAGGAGGUUAAAGUCGCGUACUUAGACUUCGGUAACCAGGAAGUGACGGAGAUAGAAAGGCUUAAGGAGAUGCCGGAGGUUUUGAAGCAGCAAGAAGACGGCUGUGUUAAAGUUGUGUUGAAGGGAAUUGAAAAAUUGCCACUGACUCCGGAAGCAUCAGCGUAUCUAGGGACAAUUGCUGACCAGGACACGCCUUUUAUUCUGAGUUAUGACUCCAAAGUUCAGGAUGAAGUUGUCUUGACCGCGAGAGAUGGCGUUAGGGUCAAUGAUAAGAUAAAUAAAUUUUUGAAGCCGAAGUUUGAGGAGCAAGAAGAGAUUUUUAAGCUCACUGAUAUUGAGAUGGGAAAAUUGGGCAGUGUUGGGGCUAAUACUACUGCGUUGUGUCUUGGAGUCCUUGAGCCGGGGUAUAAAUAUAUUUUUGCACCGAUGGACAGAGAGCUGAUCGCUCAUCUGUCGACGGUCAUGCCUGCUCAGCUGAUGGAGUAUGCUGAGAAAACUGAGUAUUAUAUUCCGAGGUUCAAUGAACUCUGCGUUGCGCUUUUUGAAGGGGAGUGGUGUCGUGGGUGCUGCUUUAAUCCUACGGCGAAGGAAGGUACAGCGGAGAUUUAUUUUAUGGAUUAUGGAAAUAUUGCGCCGGUUAAACAUGAGGAUCUGAGGAAAAUGCCAGAGGAGUUUAUGAAGCCUUGCGCGCUUGGGUGCAUUUGCAAUGUUGUUGACAUCGCGCCUCAGAAUUCAAACCCAUCACCGCAAUUAUUGGCCCGACUCAAGGAGCUUUUAAUACCCAACCAAUCAUUCGACAUCCGCAUUGUCAUGUACGAAGACGACGAGUGGACGAUUGAGCUCCCUGAAGUAACAGCUGAGCUCAAGAAAGCAGGCCUUAUUUAAUAAUAAUAAUUUUUUUUCUUCCCACUAAUUAUUAUUUAUUACAUUAACUCUUAUUCUUUUUGAUAAAUAUUUAUUUUCAAUUAUUUUGAUACUACCCUCGUUAUUUUACUUAAUUUUAUUAAAUAUAAAAAAAUAAUUUUUUUUUCUACAAAAUUUAUUUUGUAUUAUUAUAAAAAAAUUUUUUUACUAAAAAAAAUUUUUUUAUUGAAAAAAAUUUUUUUAUUUAAAAU